GACAGACAACAUGUUUCAUGUAUUGGACUGAUUAGAAAUGUAGCAGGAUCCCGCCUCUCUCUACCUCAGUAGGCUGAAAUAAAGAGAAAUACAACAAAAGAAGAGACAGUCAUGUUGAUAUGAACAUUAGAGAAACACAUCAUGGAGAUGAAAUAUGAUACUGGUUAAUAAUUUGGAUUUAUUCGCCUCAGCUGACACAUUCAACAGCAGACAGGUUUUUGUCACAGUCACAUUCACUGUGGGAGCUGAUGACUACCUCAUCUUUGGCUCUGGCACUAAACUGUUUGUAACAGCUUCAGUUGAGCAGCCAGUGAAGCCCGUGGUGAGCGUGUACCCAGCAGCCCACCUGGAGGGGAAGAGCUCCCUGCUGUGUCUGGCCUCAGCCAUGUCUCCUCCUCUGGUCCAGUUCUCCUGGAAAAGAAAGAAUAAGAACGGCCGGCUGGAGGAUCUGCCCCCUGCUGAGGGAGAGCAGCUGGAGCUCAUAGAGUCGAGACACACUGCCUCCAUCCUGCUGCUCCAUCAGCAAGAGAAGAGCACAUAUAAAUACCGCUGCUAUGUCAAGCACGAAGGGGGCACAGUGAGGGCCCAAACAGAACAAGAUAUUUCUACUCUUCGUUCACCAACAUCAGCUUCAACUGCAGCUCCACCAGCAACUCCAACACCAGCUCCAUCAGCAGAUCCACCAGCAGAUCCACCAGCAGAUCCACCAGCAGCUCCACCAGCAGCUCUUGUCCCGUCUCAGUACAAGGUGAAGCUGCUCUGUGUGCUGUACACAGUGCUGAUAGUGAAGAGUCUGGUGUACUGCUGUGGACUCUCUCUGCUGAUGAUCCUCAGAAACAAGGGACCGUCCACCAACUGCACACAUGCUGACUGACUGUUUUCUGCUCGCCUUUUCUCACCAUCACAUCUCAUCAAUUCAUCUCAUCAAUCACUUUGAUCAGUGUUCAGAAAUGUCACUUAUGAUGUGUUGUGGUUGGUUGUAAAUUUAUGUUUAAGACACAGUUGUCCUAAAACUAUAAAUACACACACGCACACACACACAGUAUAUUUGCAGUUACUAAGUGUAAAUUCUGUAGAACAUUAAUAUCUUGAUGCUCCAGUUUAAUUCCACUUUUAAUCAUGACUUGUAUAAUAUUGUAAAAUGAAGUUGAAUCAUUAGUUACCUGGUAGAUAUUUAAGUGCUUAUAAUAUUUCUUUCUUGUGUAUUUUCUUUUUAAUUCAUUAUGCAGAGGGUGGCAGGUUUAUCAAAGUCAUUCAGAGUAACAUUCUCAAUAAACUGAAACAUCACAGUUUUUGUCAUUUAUAAUCAUCCAUGUUUUUAUUGAUUUGACUUUGGCUUCACAUAAUACACAUAAUCAGACACAGAAUCCACUAAAUUAGCCAAGUUUGAAACAUACAAGUAAUUUGACUCUUGUCGUCAGUAGAUCUCAGUAAACUUUCACAUAGUGCUAAAAACAAAUGUACAGGAAGAUACAAAGAAAAGCUUACAGCUAAACGGAAACAACAAAGUAAAGACAAGUAAACAUAAACAUAAAGUUAUUAAACAUAAGCAAGUAGGUGUGGUGUGCCAACAAGUUCGGUGAUGGGUCCCCUCAUUAUUUAGCUUGUGUAUUGAUCAUCUUUUAUAAUUGUUUAAGUGUGAAUGUACAACUCUAUGCUGAAGACACUGUUGUUUACACACAUGACGAAACAGCAGAGAGCUGCUUUGAAGCUACAGCUGCAAUAAAAACGAUCACACAGCGGCUUCAUUAGUCUGCGCUAAAGCCUGAAUGUUGUCAA